AUGGGUGACGCCGAGGCGGGUAAGCUGAGGCAGUCGGCAUACAGCGACUUCCCGCCGCCCGCCGACAGCCCCAAUUUCAUGCAUCAUUCCGGCAUGCUGGAAUACCUCACGCAAUACAGCAAGAACUUCGACCUGAACUCUCACAUCCGUUUCAACCAUGUCGUGGAGUCCAUGAGAACAUCAGCCGGCGAAGCCGACACGAGUUGCGGUGAUGGCAGUGAGCAUCGCUGGACAGUGUCCGGCCGGGACACGACCACGGGACAGAGCUUCACGUUGCACGCGGACGCCGUGGUAGUGUGCAGCGGACACCACGCGGUGCCCAAGUGGCCCGAUUUGCCAGGCCUCCGAGACGCGUUCCGCGGUCGAGUCGUGCAUGCGCGCGAAUACCGGAGGGCGUCCAUGUUCGAGGACCGGCGCGUGCUGGUGCUGGGCAUGGGUAACUCUGGAGGGGACAUCGCCGUCGAACUGAGCUACGUCUGUCCGCAGGUAUACAUGAGCACCAGGCGGGGGACGUGGGUGGCCCCUCGUCUGGCACCCGGUGGCCUUCCCAUGGACGUGACCAUGUGCACCCGGGCGCUGAACACGGCUCGCUCGCUUCUGCCGUUCGACAUCGGGGCUCGCACCUUCGAGAGGGUCCUCAACAGCCACUUCGACCACAAGAUGUACGGCCUCAAACCGGCGCACCACGCCAUCAAUCAGCAGCCUUUCGUCAACGACGUCCUCCCUUCCCGGAUACUCACGGGAACGGUGCAGAUUCGAGGCAAUGUCUCGCGGCUGGGUCCGGACUACGCAGAGUUCCGCGAUGGCUCACGCGUUGUGAUCGACGACGUCAUCGUUGCGACGGGUUACUCCAAGCACUACCCGUUCCUGCCGCCAGAGGUGGCUCCCUACGUGCGCGAAGACCGCGUCGAGCUCUACAAGUUCAUCUUUCCCGUGGAGGACCCGAGCGUCGCCUUUGUGGGACUGGUGGAGCCCAUCGGCGGGUUCUGGCCGGUGGCCGAGAUGCAAGCACGCUACGUGGCUCGUGUGCUGUCCGGCAAGCUGCCACUACCGGACGUCGAGAGGCAGAGGAAAGAGGCGGCACGCAGGGCGUCCGCUUUAGCCAUCGACAGCGCCCGCUACGCCGCGCAGGUCCACUGGAUCGCGUACAUGGACGAGCUGGCGAGCAUACUCGGUGUAAAGCCCAACCUGAGUCGUCUGGCGAUCACAGACCCGGUGCUUUACAAGCGAUGCGUAUUCGGGCCCUGCCUACCAUACCAGUUCCGGCUCGAGGGACCCCAUUCGUGGGAUGGUGCUCGCGAGGCCAUACUCGAUUUCCCCAAGCGUGUCGCCUCCGUUCUGACUCCGCUCACGGCGCCAGAGGGGACACGUCUGCGCAGAGCCACCGCUGGAGCCAUCGACAUAGCGGCCACCUGCACAGUCAUGAUCCUUAUAGCUUACGUCCUUUCGCUAGCCAUCUGAAAGGACGUAACCUGGCAUGUGUGUUUUCGUUGACUAAUGCGAGAGGAGGAUUCUGAUACAACGGCGGGCAGAUAUUGCGUUGCAUAUGCGUUGGCAGCCAUUUGCCCGCCAGAGUGGUACCUGUUGAACGUAAAAGGCGGCAUCGAAAAACCAACGACAAGAUGGACGUGGCGAUCGCGCAUAGAGACGUAA